AUGAACGCAACAUCCUCUCUCAAUUUCCCAAUUCCAACCACCAUUUCUCCAGCAUUCGAGAAAUGGGGUCACGAGACCAUUAGAGCUACUGCUUUCUUUCUCAUACCCACCGAAAUUUUCUAUUUCUCCAUUUAUUUCUUGCUCAAGGGGCAAUAUGGAAAGUAUAAGAAAUUAUCGGCGUUAUCUUUAGUUACAUUUUGGUUGAGUAGUUGGAUGAAUCCGAUUUCUUGUGGCCCAGUAGCUGCGUUGAGGAAUUUCGCUGUUGCAAUUGCGACCCUCAGACUCCUGGAUAUAUAUGCUCGACACCGUUCACUUCCUCAACUCAGAAAUGAUCCGCCAACAUGGAAAUACGCACUUCUCCUCUUAACGGAAAUGCGCUAUGAAUCCUUUACUCCAAAUUUCGUUCGUGUUCCUCGAUCUCAGGAAACUUUCAAUGAACCGUUACAAUUCGCAAUACAUGUUGCCAUUUUCUGUGCUAUGCAAGCGUUACCACAGGAUUGGGUAUUGGUUUUGGCAUUUGAAGUUCAAUUGAGUAUUUACAUUAUCUGGACAGCCAUUCAGUUAUUAGUAAGGUACAAAGGUAGUCCAGCCCUUUUUGGAAGAUUGUAUGCCGUAGAGAGUUUAGGAGAUUUCUGGUCAAAAACAUGGCACAAUGUAUUCUCCGCCCCCUGUGCCUCUCUCGCCUACGAUCCCAUUCGUCAGAAUUUCCCAAAACUAGGAGUUUCAAUCCCAAUCGCUCGAUCGAUGGGGAUCUUGGCUGCCUUUUUCCUAAUGGCGGCUUUUCAUGUUUAUGCUUUGGCUCCUAUGUUAACAGACAAAGCGCUUUUCCGCAUUGGAAUGUUCUUUGUGCUGAAUGGCUUUGCGACGGUGGGAGAAGCGAUGGUUUGGGGAAGAAAAGAUAGUUGGGUCAAGACUGGCUUGGCGUGGGUGACGGAAAUGAGUUUGGCGGCUUGGACGGCGGGUGCGCUGGGGAUUCCGAGGGGGUACAUGGUAUUAAGUGGAGGGACAUUUGUGAAGUGA